AUGGUCGUGGCCGCGGACAAGAAUGUGCGGAUCUCCGCAGUACCGCCUGGCCCGCGGCUCCUGCACUUCCUCCGGGAGCAUCGGGCGCAGGGCAAGCAGGUCGUUGCAUUGGAGCAGACCUCCAACAGCGAGAUCUUGCAGGCCGGUACGGAGCUGCCCAAGCACUUCGUCCUUCUCUUGGGCAGUGAGCAGGAAGGCCUCCCAGCCUGGCUACUUCAAAGCGGGCUCAUCGACCGUUUCGUGGAGCUUCCUCUGCGAGGGCAAACGGGAUCGCUCAACGUGCACGUUGCGGCUGCUAUGCUGCUGUGGCACUACCGCCUUCAGCACUGA